AUGAAAUCACCUCUGUACCUUCUACUAGCAUUGACAGUUCUUGUGGCUCCACUGUGCUCUGCGUUUCAGGCAACACUCUAUCCAGCAACAAGACAAAGUCAUCAUGUUCCGAUCUUCAUGUCAGAACCCUCCGAGGCGGACAGUAGUCAGGAACCCGUAGAGACAACAGCCGCGGUGGAUCCCAAUAUUGUCUGUCCCAAUUGUGACAUGUGUGAUGGAAGUGGAAGAAUUGCUGGAGGAAUUGGAGCUGUUGUACCAUGGAUCCCCAUCAAGGCAUACAGACCAUGCCCUAACUUUAUUGAACGAGGAGGAUCCUACCAACGAGCUGGACAAGGAUUGGAUGAAAUUGCGUUUGGAAGAAAGCAAGAUUAA